CAAUUCGCGCCUGGAGGCGCAGCUUCCUGACUUGGCCGACUAUCGUGCGAUGGACACAGAUUUAGGCUAGUUCAAUUCGGCUUAUUCUGCCUUCCUAGAUGUGUCCUUCGCUAUGUACCUAAUUCCAUUCAUCAUAUGCCUCAACAUGCCACUCAAAAACCGCAUCCUGGUCUCGAUCGCGCCGGGUCUCAGUAUCCUGGCCUUCACGCUCGCCAUCUACAGACUCACAAUUUUUGGAGAUAUUUUUGCGGUACUGGCGGAGGACCCUACUUGUGAGGUAUUCGCCCCACAUGUUCCUCAGCACGGAAUUAACUUGUCUGCUCCCCUUUACCCACACUGGGCCCGCUCUUCCGCUCAGCCAGAGGCAAAGUUCGGAUCCUUAGUCGCAAUGGCGAUGACAGUAGGACCGUCAGCCAGGGAAGACGCAGCAGCGUUAUCCACCGAGGUCAAUCCUGCACCAGCGGAAGAUGGGACAAGCUCCAAGGGCCUCAGUUGGAUGACAAAGAGAGGGCAUUGA